AAAUAUUGGAAGGUUUCUGAAAUUAGUGUUUUCUCGUUAAUAUUUCACCCUGUAAUAAUAAUUCCGUGACAUAUAUCCUUAUUUGAAGUGAAUUAGUCACUGAAAUAUUCUGAGUAAACAAAGCAAUAUUAUCCAUUUUUAUCUUGCGGCUUUCUUCGGAAAUGACUAAAAUAUUCUAUCGGUAUUGUUAAAAACAUUCAGCAAUAGAAACGAGGAGGUAAUUUUUAAAUUUUCAAGGAAAGCAAUAUUUAUAUGGCUCAUAUGGAGGGAAAGUAUACCAACGAAAAAAAUGAAAAUCUGGAUGAAUAUUUCAAAGGAUUGGGAGUGCCGUAUAUACCAAGAAAAUUAAUAUGCUCCUCUCGACCCACGAUGGAAAUAUCUAAAAACAAUGAUGAAUGGACUAUUAGUACUUCAACAAUGUUUAGAACAUCUUCUUCGAAAUUCAAGUUUGGAGAAGAAUAUGAAGAAACUAUGCCGGGAGGAACAAUCAAGAAUGUCACUCAAAUGGAAGGAGACAACAAAUUAAUCACGAAUUCAGUAGGACCUGGUGAAGUUCGAUCUUCACGUAAAUAUGAAUUCAUUGGUGAUGAAUGUGUUAUUACAUAUACUAGUGAUCAAAGUCCACAAGUAGCUAAGAGGUACUUCAAACGUUGCUGAAAAUAAGUGUUUAGUUUUAUAUUACAUUUGAAUCUUUUGAUAUAUUUAUCCAAAUGUUUAUUGAAUAAAGCAAAUUGUUUGUGA